AUCCAGAUGGGGCCCUUAUACUAUUUUCAGUCUUCCCCCUGACACAUGGCAUGCUCUACUUGUGCCAUUUGAGCCUCGGGGGUUUCUUUCCUGAUAUGCAGCACCCACCAUCAUUUUCUCCAUCGAAUUCUUUGAAAUCUGCAAGAAGUCAAGCAGAAAUGAGUUCAAACAACUCACAUUGCGGUGAGCCGGGGAGAUACCUCAAUGAACCCAUGAGGAAAUGCAUCCACAAAGAGGAGCUAAAGAAGCAACAUGAACUUGUUAUGUUCUUUUCAAAGGAGAUAGAUUACAAAAAUCAAAGGUUGUUGGAAAUGGAGCACAAGUAUAAUAAAACUGCUGCAACUCUUCAGAGGCUUUUUGUGAAUCUCUCUGAAGACAUCAAUUCCAGAAACCAAAGGCUGCUAGAAAUGGAGCAUCUAUAUGAUCAGGCCUCUGCAAAUGUCAAAAGUGUGGUGGAGGAGAAACGUUUGCUGCAUGAUGCAUAUACUAAAGAAAUGGAGAAGUUGCAGUUAGAAAAUGCAAAGCUUAAGCAUGAGAUGGAACAUCAAAACAGAGUGUUCCAGCAACAGGCAGAAGAGUUGGACCAGGAGUGGAGAACUUUUAUGGCUGAGAAAAAAAAGUUGACAGAUCAAAACCCAAUGAUGAGUGAAUUGAAGGAUCAGUGCAUUGCUCUUAGGAAAGAAUUGGAGGAAAAGACAGAUGACCUACAACACAUGCAAAGCAUUAAUGAGGCUUUGAUAGUUAAAGAGCAGAUGAGUAACCGGGAAUUGCAAAAUGCCCGUAAAGAAUUGAUAAGUGGUUUGUACGAUAUGCAAAAUAGCAGAUCGUUGCUCGGAGUUAAAAAAAUGGGGGAGGUUGAUAUGAAACCUUUUCACGAUGCAUGCUCAAAGAAGUUCCCCAACAGAGAUUUGCCCAUUAUAUAUACUACAAUGUGCUCAACAUGGCAGCAUAGAGUAAAGGAUUCUUCCUGGCAUCCUUUUAAGAUCAUCAAUGGAAGUCUACAGAUCGAUGAAGAUGAUGGUGAGCUGAAAGAGUUGAGAAACGAUUUAGGUGAAGCAGCAUACAAGGCGGUUACCAAAGCACUGUUGGAAUUGGAAGAGUACAAUCCAAGUGGGAGAUACGAAGUUCCUGAACUUUGGAACUACAAGGAGGGAAAGAAAGCUAGUUUGGUAGAGACCAUUGAGUACGUAAUCAAGCAAUGGAAGACUCAAAAGGGUAAAAGAAAGCGUUAACUUCAGCAUCUCCGAUGUAAGUACUACAAAUUUUAUUUUUUAUUUUUGAACCGUUUGAUAAGAACCGUAUUCAUACAAUGCAAUUAUAAUUAAAACUCAAACUUCACCAAAUGAUAAGAGUCCUAUUGUUUCACUCUUGUGGGGAAUGUGAUGGUGAGACUAUUUGGUAGUUGAUGAAUAUGAAUUUUACAAAAUCUAGCUUAGAUGUUGUCUUAACAAUU